AUGGAUGGAGACGAUGGUUUCGAUUAUUUGUUUAAAAUCGUCCUCAUUGGCGAUAUGGGAGUGGGAAAAACCUGCGUUGUCCAACGUUUUCGAAAUGGCACAUACGUCGAUAGACAAGGAACAACGAUUGGUGUUGAUUUUACUAUGAAAACUCUCGUAAUUGAGGGUAAACGGGUAAAACUGCAAAUCUGGGACACUGGUGGUCAAGAGCGAUUUCGAACAAUCACGCAGUCUUAUUAUCGGUCAGCGAAUGGUAUUGUACUGUGCUAUGACAUCACUUGCAAGCAGUCUUUUGACAAUUUGCAAAGAUGGAUAGACGACGUUUCGAAAUUUGCUGCUCCUAAUGUAGUCAAGCUGUUAGUUGCUACUAAAUGUGAUCUGGAGGACCAGAGAGUUAUCGAACGAGAAGAAGGUGAAAUUUUGCAAAGAGCGAACGGUCAGGGUAUGUUUUCAAUUGUUGAAACAAGCGCGAAGAACAAUGUGAACGUCGACGGAGCUUUUUUGGAGCUGGCGACCAUUUUGAAACGUCAGUACGACCAGGGUGUUCUUCGAGAAUCAGCGAGUACUGACACGUUUAGAUUGCGACCUGGGGGUACUACACCAGUUGUUAAGAACUGGAAGCAGUGUUGUCAGUGGUAG